CUGACAGUUGCUGAUGUGUUAUUUUCGAAAAAAAAUUGAAAUAUUUGGAAAUAGUCCAUUAUCCAUCUCAUCUAGUCUAGUUUAGUUCAACUUUCUAUUUAAAAAAAAAAACCUAAUUUCCCAAAAUAGUCAAAUAAAAAGCUCAAACUAUGUUACGCACCACCUGUAUCCACCUCAUAGGCCUGUUUGUUUUAGUAGAUAUUGCUUCAGCCUUGUAUUUCCACAUAGCCGAAACAGAAAGGAAAUGUUUCAUAGAAGAAAUCCCAGAUGAAACAAAUGUUAUCGUAAACUACAAAGUCCAGCUCUAUGAUCCAAGAACAGGCGGUUUUAUGCCUUCCUCUCCAGGCAUUGGAAUGCACGUCGACAUUCGUGAUCCGGAUGAUAAAACCAUCCUUUCCAGAGUAUACUCUUCUGAGGGCAAAAUCUCAUUCACCUCCCACACCCCUGGUGAACAUGUAAUUUGUAUGUACUCCAACAGUUCUGCCUGGUUUGGCGGCUCACAACUCAGAGUGCAUUUAGAUAUACAAGUUGGAGAGCACGCUAUUAACUAUGGGGAAGUUGUCCAAAAGGAAAAAUUAUCUGAAUUGCAACUCAGAAUUAGACAGUUGCUUGAUCAAGUCGAGCAAAUAACUAAAGAACAAAAUUACCAGAGAUAUCGUGAAAAUAGAUUCAGGCAGACCAGUGAAAGUACAAACUCGAGAGUUUUGUGGUGGUCUGUUACUCAAACUGCGGUACUGAUUGCUAUGGGUGCUUGGCAAAUGAGACAUCUCAAAAGGUUCUUUGAAGCAAAGAAACUUGUGUAAAUUUAUUUAGAGUAAUUUGUAUAAAUAAAAAAAAAAAAAUUGUUUGUUACUUGAUUUGUUUAUUGUACAAACCCACAACAUUUAUCUAAAUAAUUUGAAAAUAAAUUUUUGUCAGGUUGAGGAUGUGGAACUAAGUUAAUGAAGUCUUUGUGUAAAGUAUCAACUAAUGUAUUGCAGUUACAGAAAAAUAGAUGUUUGUCUUUUUGUAGUUGUUCUGCAAGUUCUGUUUGGUGAUUGUCCAUAAGGUCUUCAUUUGUAACAACAAUCAAAGGUUUUUUGAGCCUUAAAACAUCUAAACAAGAUCCAGCGCCUGCAUGGCUUAUUACCAAAUCGGCUUUACGAAUUUGUUCUUCAAAAUUAUCAAAAUAUGUAUUGUAAUUGAUAGUUACAUCGAAAUCUAGGAGUUUGACUGCCCAAGAUUGCUCUUGCAGGUUUACGGUGACGUUUUUUAAAAGAGGAUCUAUGUUGGGUUUGUGGAAAUCUUUGCCAGUUUGGAUUUGGACGUUGUCGUAUCCUAGAUUUUUGAGGGUUUUUAUGACGUCUAAGGUUGUUAUUGUGUCCACUAAUUUUGGGAAUUUUGUUGUGCCAACGGUAACGAAAACAGUUUUCAUAUUUUUAGAAGAGAAAUAAGGGAUUUGGAAUGUUUAUAAAUCUUGGGAUUCUUGGGGCUG